AUGUCACCAACUUUUAAUCCAGGAUUAUCAUCAACGCAACGAGAUAUAGUAUUAGUUCAAAAAUUCAACAUUAAAACCAAAAAUAAUAUUAAAAGAGGUGAUAUAAUAAUGUUUCGAUCUCCUUUAAAUCCUGAAAAAUUAUUAACUAAAAGAGUUAUUGGAAUAAAUGAUGAUAUAAUUUUCCCAAAAUCAACUUAUCCUAAAUCAGAAGUUAAAGUUCCUAGAAAUCAUUAUUGGGUAGAAGGUGAUAAUGUACAUUCUAUUGAUUCAAAUGAAUUUGGUCCAAUAAGUAAAGGACUUGUUGUUGGAAAAGUUAUAUCGAUUUUAUGGCCAUUAAAUAGAUUUGGUCAUGAUAUAGAUAGAAAUUUUUAG